UUAUGUGAAAACGAAAGUUGCAGAAUAUAAAUAAACAAUGAUUGAAUGAAUGAACAUAGAAAAAUAUUUCACUUGAUAGUUGCUCAACUGCUAUGGUAUAUUAAGGUACCGUAAACUAAAUACAUUACUUGUGUUCUUCAAGGUACAGUAAUUAAAGAAAACAGCUGUGAUACUCUCCAGAAAACUGCUGUUGCAACCUUUGAGGGAAUCAAGCACCACAAUGGGCAUUCAUCUGAAACAGCACAAGAGCUUGGGAAAACAUGUGACUGCCAUAUUAUUUGUUCUUCAAGUGCUAUUGAAAUAUGGACAUGCUAAUCAGAUGGACCCACAUGUAUACCCAAAACAUGGUCCAUUCUUUGAGGGAUGGUACUUACGCAUCAUAGACCAGUCCCAAAAUAUUUCUCUUGGAUUUCUCUUUGGGAGAGUUGAGCCAGCACAUGCUGGUGAACUCAAGAACAGCAGCGCUUGUCAGAACUCAGGGUCUGGCUGUCUGCACUCCUCAGGUCAACUCACACCUGAUGGUGGUCAGACAGAGAAGACUGGCCUGCCUUUAGUUUACGCCAGUCUGUUGUUGAGUCUCCACCCCCAGUCCAAGCUGGACACCCCAGGGGGCUACUUCAGUCCUGACCUCUACAAGGUGACCAAAAAUGGCAAACCAGUCUCUGAAGACCCAGACGACAUCAGCCCUCCUCAGUUUGAGGCCAGCAUUGGCGCCAAUGUUUCCUUCACUGUCACACCCAACCACACCCAGUUCCAGGUCCAGCUAGGAGAUCAUCUCCUGACUGGUUAUACUUUCAGGCCUGUUCCCUGGGGCCCUAACGGAGCAGGUCCAGAGAGCUUUCUGGAGAAGUUUCAUCUACCUGUCCACUGGUUUGUCUACAGCCUCAGCUCUCAAGUCAGGUACUACAAGUACAUGAACCUGGCCACGGGGGAGGAAGUUAUCGGCAGGUCAACCCCUGGGUCACCGGUCAUCGCUCACAUGGAGAAAAACUGGGGCAAGAGUUUCCCUAAAGCCUGGGUUUGGGCUGAGGGAGCGGACCCAGAGAAAAACAUGUCGUUUGCAUUCUCUGCCGGCAUCAUCACAGAGUUUAAAAUAGACGUGAAAGCUCAGCUGUCAGGGUACAGGAACCCAGGUAAGGAAAUCACCUGUAGCUUCCACCCCCUCAACAGUGUGCACAGUCUGGAGCACAACGGCUGUGCCGGCACAGCUACCUUAAAAGUUGACGGCCUUGACUGUGCUGUGACCUUCGUGCUGACCGCUAGCCCAGACAGCUUCAGCUCUUGUCUGGCGGCUCCUGGAGCUGCCGGCUUCCAGCAAGGCUGCGUGGAGAGCUACACAGCCACGGCAGACAUCACAGUCUUCCAGCGCAAGGGUGGAUCCAUGGUGCUCACAGACAGACACACAAUCACCAUGGCUGCGCUGGAGUUUGGAGCUGCUUACAUGUGUAAUGGCUGUGCUGGCGGUAGGAACAACUUACAUGUGUAAUGGGUGUGCUGGUAGUAGGAACAGCUUACAUGUGUAAUGGCUGUGCUGG